AUGGUCGUUAUUGCUGUUUCGAUUAUCACUCGUCAGGGCAAACCCCUCCUUUCGAGGCAAUUCCGUGAUAUCAGCAAGGACAGAGUCACAGAACUGCUCUCAAACUUUCAGGGACUUGUGGCCAACUCUUCUUCGCAGCAUACUUUUGUGGAAGAUGAACACGUUCGAUACGUAUACAAGCCCUUCGACGACUAUUACAUCAUCUUGAUCACCAACCGACAGUCCAAUAUUAUCCAAGAUUUGGAUACGUUGAAGCUCUUCGCCCAGAGCAUGAAUACGUACCUCAGCAGUUUUGACGAACAUGAAAUAUUCGAAAACGCGUUCGAAAUCUUGAGUUCGUUUGACGAAGUUAUCACCAUGGGCUACAAGGAGAACCUUUCAAUGGCCCAGAUCAACACAUACCUGUCGAUGGAAUCUCAUGAGGAGAAGAUCCAAGAAAUAAUUGAAAGGAACAAAGAGUUUGAAGCUGCUGAAGAAAGAAAGCGCAGAGCCAAAGAGAUAUCGAGGAAAGAACAAGAACGCAAGAUGGGGAUACCUUCGAUGGGUCUCGAAGCUACUAGGUUCCAAUCUUCCAAUGAUCCAAAUCUUUCAAAUGCAUACAGCAGCUACUACAGCCAAGCAUCACCGGCAGCCCAGCAAUCGUACUACCAGACGCAACAGCAGAAGCUCAUGGCAGCCGAGAUACCUGUUCAGAACUCUGUUGAAAAUUCGCUUGGUGGCAAGGGUAUGAAGUUAGGUGGUGGCAGAAGAGGUGGGCUGGGCGCAAGUACCGCUCAGCUUCAACAGACAAAACAGACUGCGUCACCAACAGCACCCCUGCUACAAGUCGAGGAGCCAGAGAAACCCACCAACGAGGGCAUUUUGAUUUCCGUUAGAGAAGUUGUGAGUGCUAAAAUCUCGAGAGAAGGUAACGUUGAAAGCUCUGAGCUGAAGGGAAGUCUUGAAUUACGUGUCAACGAUCAAGAAUUAGCACAUGCCCGGAUUGUUGUCGAUCCUAAGGUUGACACAAAGGAUAAGGCCUUCCAGUUCAAGACACAUCCAAAUAUCGACAAGAGCUUAUUCUUGAACUCCGGAAUUAUUGGCCUGCGUGACACUCAGAAGGCCUUCCCCUUCAACGAUCAAAGCUUAGCAGUUUUAAGGUGGCGUAAGGUUGGAGCUGAGGACGAUUCUUCGUUGGUACCACUACAGAUUUCAUCGUGGGUUUCACCCUCUGAAUCUGACCAAGGCAUGUUUGACGUUACCCUUGAACUCGAGAUGAACGAAUCCUACUCCGACGCUCUCGAAAACGUCCGCUUUGCGAUUCCUGUGUACACUCAGAACGUUCGUGUCAACGACGAGUUCAAUGAUUUGGGGGCUACCAUCGAAAGCAUCGAUGACGAAAAUGGAAUUGUUGUCAAAAUUGCCAGUAUCGCAGUCGGAACGACAGCUGCUGUCUCACUAACGAUAGAGGCUGACCUUGAGGAUGCCCUGUAUCCUAUCUCGGUGCUAUUUGGCAACCAUGCUGCCACCGGCUCUCUUUCUGGCGUCAGCGUCAGUGAAGUUGUGAGCUCCCGCGACGAAAAAAAUCCUCUUCCAUACGGUUCUGUCGCGACUCUCAAAACGGAAGAGUACUCUAUUGAGUAA